UUGAUUUGUGUAAUCUGAUCGGACGGAUUCUCGGAUUCGCCGGAGCGUUCGUUCUGGGAGAAAAAAGGGUACAAAAAGUUCGCAGUCUUGUGGAAAACCGGUGCACACCGGUGUAUAUGUGCGUGCGUGUUUGGUUUUGUAGGUGUCAGUGUUAGAUUAAGUUUUUAGGGAUGAUUUAUUGUGAAAGUGCUGCAUUUUUCUUUGUGAGAGAAAACAUUACUGCGAGCAAAUUACUACAAACUUAUCCCAUGAACAACUCCAAAACUAAUAUCCUGCUAGUAGUGUUUUCCGUUCAAAGGGUGAAAAUUCGUUGCAUAAAAUUGUCGAUCCUCGAUUCGCCGAACGAAAUUACCGAUCGGCUCACACCGAUCGAUCGGGGUUUCUGGCUGACUUUGAACUUCACCUUUGCGCCUAUGAUCCACCACCUUGGAUACUCAGGAUAAUUCACCGCACCGGUCGAUGGUCGGAUGGAUGGUUGGUGAGGAGAAGCACUCAGCGGAUAACAAAGAGUGAUAUUGAAGGGUUUAAAUUUAACAAUGCACUAGUUGUAAACGCAUCGCCUCCAAACUGUCACACAUCGUGCGUCUAGACGAGGGCCAUACCGAUUGCCCCGGGCGUAGAGCUGAAACCCCAACGCCAAUAGUGAUUUAAAGUGAGGCAACAAAAAAAAAAAAAAAAAAAAACAAGAGACAACGAGCAAAGUGCGUUAAAAAGUUUGUGCGUGUGUGUUCUAAGUGUUACUAUUAUCCAAUUUUCGGGGUGUAAAUCAUCCGUUUCUUCGAGAGGUUCGAGCACCGGCCUAGACCGCAAAGCCAGCCAACAUGAGCAGCGCACAGGAUCGCCGAGCUUCUUUUGCACGACGUGCUGAAAGUUUAAUGGAGAAGCGCUAUGCAGUUAAUACGGAGAAAAGCGGUGAAAUCAUCGUCACAGUGCAGGGCGAUCUUUCACAACAGGAAAAGCGUGCCGUCUUCCUUACCGUGCACGAUUUGGGCACGAACCACUCUUCGUUCGAGGAGUUCGUCAACAGUGCGUGCAUGAUUGAAAUCAAAGAACGGUCGUGCUUCAUCCACAUCGAUGUACCCGGCCAUGCGGAUAAUGCGCCCAAUUUGGCCGACUCGUUCCAGUUCCCUUCGCUGCAGCUGUUGGGCGAAGAGUUGGUCACGGUGCUGGACUUUCUGCACGUAAAGUACGUGAUCGGUAUCGGCGAGGGUGCGGGCGCAAACGUACUCGCUCGCUUCGGACUGGCACACCCAUCUCGCUGCCUCGGGCUCAUACUGAUCAACGUUACCGGAUCGGCCGCAUCCGUGCUGGACGUGUUCAAGACGAAGUUUAUCUCGUGGAAGGGUGACGAAGUUGGCCAAUCGGCCGAGGACUUCCUGCUGUAUCACAAGUUUGGCUACCAACUGGUCGGUGACAAUCCGGACAAGGAGAAGAUUGUGUCCGAGUUCCAGAGCCGUCUGCACAGCUCGCUGAACAGCAAAAAUCUAAAGCAAUACGUCAAAGCAUUUAUGUCGCGCAAAGAUUUACCAUUGAAGAACUGUAAGGUGGAUUUGCUACUGAUCACCGGUAUUAUGAGCCCGUACGCUAGCGUCGUCGAGAAGCUGUACAAGGAUCUGAACAAGGAGAAGGUCACACUGCUCAAGGUGGAACGAGCGGGCGACGUGUUGGCUGAUGCUCCCGCUAAAGUGGCACAGUCGAUUCUGCUGUUCUGCAAGGGUCAGGGUUUGCUAACCUCGGUCGCUAUGCCCGGCGUCGACCGUAACCGUGCGUUCUCGACCAGCUCCGGCGGUUCCACCGAAGGUUCGACCGGUGCGAGACGUCUGUCCCGUGGCAUGUCCAUGGAGGACUACGACAAGCCCAACAUUCGGCGACUAAGCGUGACGAUCAACGAACAGCUGCCACCGAUCAAGAAAUAGAACGAGCUGGCACGGUCGAGUUACGCCGGCGAUGAAAUAGACGAGGAGGAACAGGACGAACCGGAGUAGUUACGCUUGAACAACGGAAUGUCCUCCUGCGAAGACAAGCUAUUUCCAGGGCACACUCGAUAGUGUAUCGUGUUCUUACGAUAGAAGAAUGGAGCUGGUCACAGUGUAUACCGAUCAAAUCAGCGGUAUCAGUUACGCAAGAACGUUCGAAUUUUCUACAAGAGAAAACGAAACCACCAUUUUUUAAAAAACAAACCCAGACAUACAAUGAUAUCUACUUCCUGCAUAGAGUAUCUAACGUAGCGGAAAUAUUUAACAGCAAUCACAAGAAAGCAAGAAACAUUUAGCACACGAACAAGAAGGCACGUAUACAUAACUUCUGGGAAAUAUUUUUAUCGAAAUGUAGUAAAAAAACAAACAGUAAAACGGACCUUUGUAACCUCAACAACCAAACCAAACAAAUCGUUGUAAAACAAACAUCACUGCUGGCGCUUGCUUUAUUGUACUCGCGGGGAAAACGAAAAGCGGAGGUGUGCCGAACACCACCUACCAGCUCUCAUUGCACAAUUUCAACUGCAGAGAAAUAUAGAUGAACAGCAAUACAUCUCGUAUGAAGUCAUUUGCGGGUGCACCGAUUUACGCUAUUUCCAAAACAUCCAGCCAGAGCAAUACUGCUACCAUUACUACUACGUGGCAUUGUUGCUGCUGCAGCUGCUUCAAUUUGAUAGCGAUGUUUUCGUAGGUAUCGAUUUGUAUGAUUUCUAGAGCCUAUAUAUAUACACACAUACACAUCUUACUAUACAGCAGAAGUAUAUACACAACUAUUUAAAUAUGAGAGCCCCCUUCCUUCUAAGGGGGCUACCUUUGGUCGAGCGGAAGCAGGAGGAAGCAAACGGCGGGAAAGAAGAAGCAAACAAGUAUAAUAACUCGUAACAUAAUAGUGUAGUGUAGCGAGCAGGGAGCAGAAAAGUAUAAAGUUGAAACGUUUCAUCUUAAUAAAGGAAGAAGGAGAAAAUUCGAUAACAAACAAAAAAAGAACUCAUUAAACUAUACACAAAAAUAUAUACAUAAAUGAAGCCUAUAUUUUGUCUCUUCUUUUUUGUACCUUUAACGAAACGAUGACUGUGGCGAAAAUGUGCAAGAGAUAAAAGGGGAAAAAAGUGAAAGAGAACUAAAUCCUAAACAGCAACCAACAAAGACAGUAAAGAAACUCAAAACGAAGCCAAAAAAGGAGAUCGAAUUGAAGACAAAAGCCAAUGCAAACCAAUAUGCCAACAGAACAGUAAAACAAAGUUAAUUUAAUACAAUACACAGAGAGAAACACAAGAUGAACGAACAAAGACAAGCAAAUAUAACGAAACAAACCACUCGAUUCUCUCGAUUCACUCGAGUGAGCCAACGGAAACGGACGUCUAUUGGAAAAUGAAAAUUUAAAAAAUGCGCCGGAAACGCAAAAUUAAAUGCAAUUAUAAAGCGAGUCUCCUCUAAGGGAAUAUAAGCCUAGCGUUGACGUUGGGACUUUCCUUAGAGGGCGAAUGAGAAGUUUCGAGAUGGAGCUUUCUUACUGCUAUAUAAUCUUCUAGUUGCGAAUCGUGAUCGACAGUAGACAGCAGCAUUAGGGACAAACUAUGUGUUCUAUUGUUCUUAGUUUCAAUUAUUCGGCUUGUGGUUGAUAAAA